GGUUACACUAUCCCGCGUUCAAACAUCAGGUACAUAUAUAACCCCUAGACGCCUUAAGCCCUAGUUCCAUCGCGCAGCGUUCCACCGCCUUCUCCGCUAGUAGCCGUCGUUCCUCCGCCCGGACUGUUCGCAGCGAGUGGUCGUCGUCCCCCUCCCGGACUGUACGUAGUGGUAGUCGUUUCCCGCCCGGACUGUACGCAGUGGUAGUCGUUUCCUGCCAGGACUAUACGCAGAGGCGAGUGGCCGGCCGUUGUCAUGGGUUCCAAAAGUUUGAGUAACUCUAAGAAAAAGAACAAGGGUAACAAAAGUAAAGAGGAGAGAAAUCUUCAGUCUUCAGCCUCCGAGAAAACUAGCAUAUCCCAUGAUCGGGACAAUAAGAAAAUUAUCACUGAUCCUCGGUUCUCGUCCGUGCAUUUUGAUCCUCGCUUUCAGAAUGUCCCUAAGCAUAAAGCAAAAGUUGCGAUUGAUUCACGGUUUGACCGGAUGUUCGUUGACAAGAGGUUUGGUUCCUCUUCGGCUCAAUUGGAUAAGAGAGGUAAGCCAAAGAAGGGUAAAUCGGAGAAUCCCUUACGUCAUUAUUAUAAAAUUGAAGAAAAAAGUGAAAAGAAUGAUAGUGAGGAGGACGUAGAAACGGAGGAAAAGGUUGAAGAUGUAGAAAAGGAGGAGAAGGUUGACAGUGAAAGUGUAGAGAGUGAUGUUGAGGUUGAGGAAAAGAAUCAGAUAUUAGAGUUGGAGGAGUCAGAGUCCGAGGAUGAUGGAGAGAUAGAAUCCGACUACUACACAACUGAUACGGACCAAAGUGAACUGGAUGAGAUUUACGACGAUGAAACAUCUGAAUUGCCGGUGGAGAAUAUUCCAGAAAUCGACAAGGAAACUCACAGGCUUGCAGUUGUUAACUUGGACUGGAGGCACGUGAAGGCUGUUGAUUUGUUCGUCGUACUAAGCUCAUUUCUUCCAAAAGGUGGACAAAUAUUGUCUGUGGCAGUCUACCCAUCUGAGUUUGGGCUUCAACGUAUGAAAGAGGAAGAGUUGCAUGGUCCAGUUGGAUUGUUUGAUGAUGAACAAGAGAAAAAUGACAAUGACGAUGACGAUGACGAUGACGAUGACGAAGAGAUUGAUAAUGAGAAAUUGCGAGCUUAUGAAAUGAGUAGGCUAAGGUACUAUUAUGCUGUGGUGGAAUGUGAUUCUAUUGCGACAGCUGAUUACCUUUACAAAACAUGUGAUGGAGUGGAAUUUGAAAGGUCCUCAAAUGUGCUUGAUUUGAGGUUUAUUCCUGACUCGAUGGAAUUUAAACACCCUCCUAGGGACACUGCCACAGAGGCACCUUCAAGUUAUGAAGUUUUAAAUUUCCAUACUCCAGCCCUGCAGCAUAGUAAAAUUCAUCUUUCUUGGGAUGAGGAUGAACCCCAAAGAGUAACAGCCUUGAAACGAAAAUUCAAUGCGGGUCAGCUGGCUGAUUUGGAACUCAAGGAAUUUUUGGCAUCUGAUGGAAGUGAAAGUGAGGAUGAAAGUGGUGAUGAUGGAGUGGAGGACCAAACAGACAAAAAGUGUAAGAAAGGAGAUAAGUACCGUGCCUUACUUCAAUCUGAUGAAGAUGGUGAGCAGGAUGGUGGUCAGGAUAUGGAGGUGACUUUCAACACCGGCUUAGAAGAUAUAAGCAAGCGAAUCCUGGAAAAGAGGGAUAAGAAAUCAGAGACAUUGUGGGAGGCUCAUCUUCGAAAAAGACGUGAAAAACGGGUGAACGCAAAAAAUAAAUCCACACGGUCAUCAGAUGAUGACAGCAGCGACACUGAUAGAGAGGUUGGUGAAGAAGCAGGUGACUUUUUCGUUGAAGAGCCUCCAGUCAAACAAAGCAAGAAGGAUCAAACGAAAAACAUUAAAGACAGGGAACAUGUUGGUCUAGAUGGGGAAGCAGAAGCAAGCCGAGCAGAGCUCGAGUUGCUUCUUGCUGAUGACGAUGGCAUUGAUACUGGUAUCAAAGGAUACAAUUUGAAACAUAAGAAGAAAAAGGGGAAGGAAGAUAUUGCCGAAGAUAAAAUACCGACGGUCGAUUACAGUGAUCCACGGUUUUCAGCACUCUUCAAUUCGCCUCUCUAUGCUUUGGAUCCCACAGACCCUCAAUUCAAAAGGAGCGCUGCUUAUGUUCGUCAAGUGGCAUUGAAGCAGCAAAAGGGCGAUGGAUAUCAGUUAACGAAAAGCCAACUUGGGGAGUCUUCCACGAAACAGCCUGCAGCGUCCGGGGACGACACGGUGAAUGGCAACGUCCCUGUUAAGACUGAGGGAGAUUCCUCAAAGAAGAAGUACGAGCUUUCUUCAUUAGUUAAAUCAAUUAAAAUGAAAUCACAGCAGCUUCAGUUGCAAUCUGGUGGUCGUAAAACGCCGAAGGAAGAUGGAAAAAAGCGUCCACGAGCAACGGGAGAAGUAAGACAAUCAUUGCCAACCAUGGACAACAAGUCGGGUAAAAAGAAGCAAAGAAAAAUGAAAGGCACAGAGGAUUGAAUAUUAUACGCAACAACAAUGUAAUUUGUUUAAUUUAACAAUUUUGGGUAGAUUUUUGUGUUUUUUCCCCAUAAUUUCAUCAGUGUCUGUUAAUGUCUAAUGUCUCUGUCUUAACUAGCUAUAUUAUGUCACAUUCUCAAGAUUGAAUUCUUCUAUUCAAAAUUCACAAUUAUUUUAUCAUUUCACUUGA